AUGGCAGGUGGACGUGGACAACCAGGCUCCAGCUCUCGCGGCCGCGGCGGCAAGUUCAGAAAGUUUACUCGUGGAGGUGGCAAGCACUUUUCUCGCGACCUGCGCCCCCUCGAUGCCGAUGGCAAUGAAGUCAGCAUGUGGUCCGAUAAAGCCAAGAAGGACGACGACGACUCCGACGACAGCGAGGAAGAGGACUCUGAAGAGGAUUCCGAGGAUGAGUCCGACUCCGACGACGCCAAGCCCCAGGCUGGCGAGCUGUCCCGCGCCGACCGCAAGGCCGCGGCCAAGGCUCGCAAGGACGCUGCCAUCGCCAAAAAGAAGGGCCAGAACGUCGAGGUUGGCGAUCUCCCUCCUUCCGACUCCGAAGAGGACAGCGAUGACGACAUGCCUGCCAACCCGAAUCACUCCAAGGCCGCCCGCAACCAGACCAAGGCGCCCCCCAAAGAAGUCGAGGAAGCUACCGAGGGCGUCAAGAAGCUCGCCGUCGCCAACAACCGCAAGGAGCGCGAGAGCUUGGAGGCCGCGCAGGCCAAGGAGAGAUAUCGCAAGCUGCACGAGGCCGGCAAGACGGAUGAGGCCAAGGCCGACAUGGCCAGAUUGAGGCUCAUCCGUGAACAGAGAGCGGCCGACGCUGCCCGCAGAGAGGCCGAGAAGGAGGAGCGUGAAGCCCAAGAGGCUGCUAAGAGAGCUGAGAUUGAGAAGAAGGAGGCCAAGAAGAGGGAGGCUGCUUUGGGACCGGCCGUUAAGAAGGGCAAGAAGUCUAGCAAAUGA